CUUUGCAAUCGAAACGACCCCGACAACGAAAGUAGCCAACCCAAAAAUUGGACAAAGGACGUACUAAAUGAAAUUUAGUUUGUUAUAAUGAUGCGAGGAUAAAUUCCUCGUAAACGUAGAUUCUACAAUAGCUUUUAUUACAGAAAAAUGUAGAGAUUUUGACUGUUUUCUAAGUAAGAAGGAUAAAGAUGUCUAGCCAAGAAACCUCAGCUACUAAGGUUUAUGGAAUAACAUCUCCAAUAAGCUUGGCAGGACCAAAACCAGAAGACUUAAAGCUCACCUCAGAUUUGGUGGAAUCCAUGAAACCUCAUGGAGUCUUCGAAGAUGACACAGAGUUGGCACACAGGGUGGAGGUACUUCUGACGUUGGACACGAUGGUUAAGCAAUGGAUUAAAGACAUAAGUCUGAAGAAGAAUAUGCCCCCUAGUGUAGCAGAGCAUGUUGGAGGCAAGAUCUACACAUUUGGAUCUUACAGGCUUGGAGUGCAUACUAAAGGAGGUGAUAUUGAUGCCCUGUGUGUUUCACCACGUCAUAUAGAUAGAGAAGAUUUCUUCAAUUCUUUCCUUGAAAUCAUCAAAAACCGACCAGAAGCUAAAGAUAUAAGGGCUGUUGAAGAAGCAUUUGUGCCAGUAAUCAAAUUAAUAUUUGAUGGAAUAGAGAUGGAUAUCUUGUUCGCCAGGCUUGCUCUUCCAGUAAUCCCAGAUGAUCUGGACUUAACUGAUGAUACUCUUCUCAAGAAUCUUGAUCAAAGAUGUGUUCGAAGUCUCAACGGUUCUCGUGUGACUGAUGAAAUUUUGAAUUUGGUACCUAACAAGGAAAGUUUCAAAAUAGCUCUAAGAGCCAUCAAACUCUGGGCGAAACGUCAUGGUGUGUAUUCAAAUGCUCUUGGGUUUUUAGGAGGUGUAUCAUGGGCCAUGUUGGUAGCCAGGACCUGCCAGCUGUACCCUAAUGCAGCUGCAGCAACUAUUGUACAUAAAUUCUUCCUUGUCUUCACAAAAUGGAAAUGGCCUCAACCAGUGUUUUUGAAACAACCCCUCCAGGAAAAUGAACUCAACUUCCAAGUGUGGGAUCCUAGGAUCAAUGUGACAGAUCGUUUUCAUUUGAUGCCGAUCAUAACCCCAGCAUACCCCCAACAGAACUCCACGUACAAUGUGACCCAAUCCACCAAGACAGUCAUGGAACAAGAACUUAAGAAGAGUUUGGAGGUAACAGAGGAAAUCGUUAAAGGAAAGUUGCCCUGGGAUAAAUUGUUUGAGCCUACUAACUUUUUCCAUCAGUACAAACAUUACAUUGUAUUGAGUGCAAGUGCAGGCUCAGAAAAAGAUCAUUUAAAAUGGGUUGGACUUGUUGAAUCAAAAAUUAGGAUACUGAUUGGUAAUCUUGAGAGGAAUCCUGUUAUCAAACUAGCCCAUGUUAAUCCGAAGUCAUACGCCCCACAAAACACGGAAGAGAAAACUGACCAGUUUGUGUCCAUGUGGUUUAUUGGGCUAGAAUUUGCUCAGAUUGACCCAAGCACUAAUGUCAAUCUAACGUUUGACAUCCAGAAUUUUGUAGAUACAGUGCAUCGACAAGCUCUCAACAUUAAACUGUUUGAAGAGGGAAUGAAAAUUGAAGCAAAGCAUGUUAGGAGAAAGCAAUUAAGCCAGUAUUUACCUCCAGAACUGGUGAAGAGCAAAAAGAAAAUUUCCCAUGGGAAUGAAAACCUUAAACCAUCAUUUAUACUGGAACAGACUGGAACAAUCCAAGCUGUUCCCAAAAUUCCAGAAGCAGCUAAGAAACCUGCUAACAUGUCGGAGGAGGAGUUUUUGUAUGGCAAAGAGCUUGAAGUGAAUGCCGACUCAAAUGCCUCUACGAGUGUUUCUACUCCUGAAUUUGAAAAUUCAGAAAUAGGUGUUGUUUCAAGUAGUUCUUCUCUUGAAGCUGAGGUUGAAAGCAAGGAUCCAAGCCUUGAAAUUCCAAAUCAUGACCAAAAUGAGAAAAAUGGAACAGAAGUGUCCACAUCAAAUGUUAAUGUAGACGACCAACCAAUGGCCAGUAACAAAUCUAAUGUAUCCAAACGACCCCCAUCUGAUUCACCUGAUUACCUGAGUACAUCACCGGCCAAAAAAAGCAAAAUAGAGGAAGCAUCAAAGCGACCCACAUCUGAUUCAUCACUUGAUUCACUGAGUACAUCUCCUGCCAAAAAAAGCAAAAUAGAGCUACCAAAGCGGCCUCCAUCUGAUUCACUGACUACAUCACCUGCUAAAGUGAGCAAACUAGAGGAUGAUACUGCAGUAUCAAGUACACUUAAACCAGGAAACUCACAGGAAAGUACCAGUGAUGCAUCAAAAUUGCAGAAUGGAUUAGAGGAUCUUGCCACAGAUGUCCAAACCACCUCUGAAGCUGAGAGGGUGACAGUACCAGCCCAACCAUCAGAUGCUGCCAACAAUGGUUGUAAGUCCCCAGAACAAGUGUCUACCUCUCAUCCUUCUAGUCCUGAUAGACCAAAAGUUGAUAUUUCGAAGAGGGCACAAAGCAGAGAACUAAGUGAUAUUAUGUCCCCGGUACCUCAAUCAAUUCCUGUCGUUAAAAACUCUAUAAGACUCAACCUCUCCAAAUGAAAAUGCUAACAAAAUUCAAGUCAUGUUUCUUGUAAGUAGAAACAUGGAAGUGAGCUGUUUUUAAUCAGUGAUUAACAAUAAGGGUUAUAAAUUUGUAAUAUUUAUUGUACCAGGUGGGAGAUCACUUUGGUUUUUGUGGUGGGUUGAGGGCGCACUGACAUGGUAGCGCUAAAAAGGAGGUUAAAUCGUCAUUUAAUUUAAAGAGGAACCAUUAAAUUGACAGAUGACAAAAUUAUUGGUGAAUAUCUUUUGAUGUAAGCUAAUACACCAUGCGAAGUGCUGUCAUAUUUUUUAAAGACAAAGAUGUUUACUUUGUAAAGCUCUGUCCAGACUAUCAACUUUAAUUUGACAAAAAACAUGUGACAUGCCUAAAUAUGGUCAUGAUGACAUCAUAUCUUGACCAUAUAUAGUAACAUCAUGACUAUAUAUAAAACAUUUUUUGUUUAAAGAAAAUUUGGACAGAGUUUUUCUCGGAUGCGAAUUUAAUUCCACAUGUUAUGUAUCAUAUUAGCAUAGGAGUUUUGCUAUAUCUAAAUAAAGAUACUAAAUUCGUUUUGGUUCUUGCUUCAUGUUGUUUAUGUGUUUAUGCAUUUUCUUUUUGAAACUGGAAGGAAGUGAAUAAUAAAAUCUGAUGUUGUUUGUCCUAAGCAGAUGCUUGAUUGAUUUUAAAACAAGUAAAAACAUCCAGAUAUGUAAAAUGAAUAAAUGAUUUUAACUCAAACAUGUUCUACAAACAAUAACACCAUGUGUGCUUCAGUCUGUGUCCAGGCAAUUCUGUAUCAACUCAUGGAAUUUUGUCUGAAUUUUAAAUAUUUCUGAAACAAACAUUGAUAUUAUCAUCAUUUUCAAUUCAAAAAUAGAAAAUUAUAUAUGUUGGCUUUAAGUUCAAUUAAAAAUGAUUUUUAUAUAAUAUAUGUAUACGAUUCAACUGUACAGUUACAUGGUAUUAAUGGGAAUUUGUAAAAAAAAAAAAAAAAAAAAACUGAAACUAUAGUAUGGCACUUAGUACUAGUCCAUAGUUCAAACCAACAAUAUUAAUAUCAAUUAUUGUAUAUUAAUCUAAAAGAAAUUGCUGCGAGAAAAUUUUUAGUCUAGAUUUUGAAUAGUUUGUCUUGUGUGAUUGCAAUCAAAAACAAACAUUUAAAUAUUUUAAUGUUUUCUGUACAAUAAAUUUAAAUCUCACCUAGAUGCAUUUAUUCUUUGCGAGAUCAGAAACAUUACAUGUACAUUUGUGGGAGCGUCUGGCGCAGUGAUUGUGACUCAGACUCAAAAUGUUGACAUAGGGUUUUCAAACCCACGCUGUGCAUUUCGCUUGUGUUCUUAGGCAAGGCACUUUAUGCUGGGAAGGUAAAGAGACUCAUUUAUGAUGGAAGAGUGGUGAACCCCUCUGCGGUCUGGCAUAAAUGCCAAGAAGAAUGAGAUUGGCACUCCGACUUUUGAACUUGGAGCUCUUUUGGUAACUUUACUUUCAUUUACAUCUGAAAGCAGUUAUUCUUCCCCAUUGUAAAAAGUUACACUUUAGAUACUACAGUAUUUGCACUUUCCCAAAAAGUAGUUCUUAUUCUUGAAUUUAAUGACAUUUCUAUGAAAAAGGUAUGUCAUUGGAAAAUCGUAUGGCCUGCCAAAUUCAAAUACUGUAAUUUAACUGUGAUGUUUGUUUAUGAAUAUAGGUAAGUGAUUAUGCCCUUGCAUUCACCACCAUGUUCAAAGGAUAUAAACAAACAGAAAACAGUACAGUAUGUCCAAAGACUGAUGCUGGAACUUGCAUUGUGCUUUGUAAUAAUAAUGCAGUGGAUCUUAACCAUUAAAAUGAUUAUUCAUUUACACAGCAUUUUCUUAAUUUAGUGAUGGUGCACUCAAACAUUAAGGAUAGACACAUUUGAGUUACAGCUGUAAUAGCUUUGUAAUAAUAAUACUACAUUUAUAGCGUGCCUUGUGUAUCCCACAUCCCUUAGCUACUUUACAUUGUCCUACCUGUAUUGAAUACAAUUAUCCCCGUUGGACGCAGUCCCACAUUUUUUAGUUACUGGCUCUUGUGGGUGUUUGGGAUUACAAAAUUUAGAUAAUUAUUUAAAGAUCACAAGUUAGUAUUGAUAUUAUUUGUAUUAUGUACGUAGUAAAAAAGUAGUGUUAGUAAACCGAUACCUCAGUAGUUUGUUGUUAGCAUUACACUGAAGCAUGAAAGCCUGUGUUACCAUGUAUUUACGUUAUGAAUGCUUUGAAAGAGAAUAAAGUUUCUUAUCAAA